CAAAAAUCUUAGGCGAAGACCCAUGACACAUGUUUGAUCACGUGAUGCUUUUAUCGCCAGGAUCAGAAUCAAAGUGACAAUGGCUGUCGUUCGUCAUCAGUGUGAUUUGGGAAAGACAGUGGUGCGAUGAAGAAUAACGGAAGUGGUUUAAUGACGGAUCAGUAAUCGAAUGGUGUGGGUGAGGAGUGUGAAUGUUGCCACUCACGUUGAAGUUCAAUUUAAAUGUCCAAAGAAAUUCUCUAUGGGGUAAAUUAAAGUUGCAGAACAUUGAACUGAGCGAUAGAGAACAUGUUCAGAAGUAGAAGUUGGUUUGGAAGUGGACUUUGGAAGCCUAAAAACCCUCAUUCUCUGGAACACUUAAAGUACCUGUACAAUGUUUUAUCAAAGAAUCAAACUGUGUCAGACACGAAUAGAGGACUGUUGGUUGAAACAUUACGAUCUAUUGCUGAGAUACUCAUUUGGGGAGACCAGAAUGACAGCAGUGUUUUCGAUUUUUUCCUUGAAAAGAACAUGUUAUCAUUUUUUCUCAAGAUUAUGAAACAGAAAUGUGGAAGUUACGUGUGUGUGCAGCUGCUUCAAACAUUAAAUAUUCUUUUUGAAAAUAUAAGGAAUGAAACAUCGUUAUACUAUCUUUUGAGCAACAAUCAUGUGAAUUCUAUAAUUGUUCACAAAUUUGACUUUUCUGAUGAAGAAGUUAUGGCCUAUUAUAUUUCAUUUUUGAAAACUCUAUCAUUGAAACUUAAUUCUCAUACUAUACACUUUUUCUAUAAUGAGCAUACAAAUGAUUUCCCAUUAUAUACAGAAGCAAUCAAAUUUUUUAACCACCCUGAAAGUAUGGUACGCAUUGCUGUGAGAACUUUGACAUUAAACGUGUACCGUGUUGAGGACCGCUCCAUGUUGAAAUUCAUCCGCGAUAAAACUGCUGCUCCAUAUUUUUCUAAUUUAGUUUGGUUUAUUGGAAAUCAUAUUCUUGAAUUAGAUAGUUGUGUGAGAAAUGAUGCAGACCAUCAGAGUCAGAAUAGACUCUCUGACCUUGUGGCAGAGCAUCUGGACCAUUUGCAUUACCUAAAUGAUAUUUUGUGUUUAGAGAUUUCUGACUUGAAUCAAGUUCUGACCGAACAUUUGCUCAAUAAGUUGUUAAUACCACUCUAUGUAUAUUCCUUAACGAAGCGACGGAGACAUUCACAAAUAGAGGAUAUCAAACCUCAUGUCAGCAGUGUUGUAUCUCUAUUUCUUCUAUCCCAAGUAUUUCUAAUAAUUACUCAUGGCCCUUUGGUCCACAUACUUGCUUGGAUUAUUCUCAACGGAGAUAUGGAAAUAUUUUCACAGGGUGCCUCCGAGAAACUUGCAUUGUACAGACAAGCCCAGGGUUCUGCCAAUAUUAAACCAGGAUUUGUGGCACCUACUGAAAGCCUAGAAAAAUCACUUGAAUCAAAUACAAUGAGUACUGGAUCUCAAGAGGUAACUGAUUCAGAUGCAACUUCUGGAAUAUCAUCAGGAACGCAAGACUUGGAGAAUGCUGAUGCACUUCCAGGAAGUGAAGAGUUAUCAGCAUUUUCUUCUGUAGAGACCCCCGAAGUACUGAAUAUUACAGAUGAGGAAAAGGAGCAGAUGCUAGCACUUGAAACGAGCAAUAGCACUUCUGGUGAUACUGGGUUAGACACCUCCAGUGAAAACUCUACUGCUGUUCCUUCAUCACCUGCCGCUCAACCACAGACACUGUCUAAUAAACCAUUUUUGGAGAUGAUAUUCAACACACUGGAAUGUUCUGAAAAUGACUACGCUGCCCUAUUUGCUCUAUGCUUGCUGUAUGCUUUGGGGCACAACCAAGGUGUAAAUGAAGACCUAUUGGAUUCUGUGCUAUUUCCUUCUGAAAAAAAGGACACUAAACAUUGGUACAACGUCUUACUCGUGGAAAAAUUGAUUAAAAUUAUAUCAUUGAGUUGCCAGCCUAAGUCAAGGGUGCGUUUGGUCACUUUAGAAUUGAGCAUUAGACUUCUUAUUCAACUUGUUAUGAAGAAUGGGCAAAGUUUUCUUCAUGACUGCCAUUUGGCUGCUAUUGAAGGGGCCAAAGAAGAAAGUACCUGCUUGUUGCAUAAUUUUUACAAGAGUGAAGAAAUUUUUCUUGAUAUGUUUGAAGAUGAAUAUAACGAAAUGAAAAAAGGACCACUUAAUGUUGAAUGGUUAAUGAUGGAUUCAAAUAUUCUUCUUCCUCCAACAGGAACACCUAUGACAGGCAUAGCAUUUGCGAAACGAUUACCAUGUGGGGAGGUGGCAUCAGAUAAAAAACAAAUCCAGAUUCAACAUGCAAAACUUUCACGGGAGCCUCAAAAAUCAGAGGACGAUGCAGUAAGGGAGGUGGAGCAUGCACGACGGGCAAUAAGAGUUUUCUUUUUAGUGAGAGAAUUAUCCCUAACAUUGAACUCUGAAGUAGAAACUCAUUUACCUCUUACAAAUCCUCAAAAAUGUGUACUGGUGGAAAGUGUGUUGAAUCUCAACAAUAGCGACUUAAUUGCAUGUACGGUGGUCAUGAAGGAUGGACAGAAGAUUCGACGGUUUCUGGUUAUUGAAGCUAUUCAACUAAUUUUAGCUGAACCUCAUGUUAAACGACUUGGUUGGGGUGUAGCAAAGUUUGUUGGUUUUCUUCAGGAUAUUGAAGUUGCAGGAGACAAAGAUGAUUCACGAUGCUUACAUAUAACUAUUCAUCGCCCUUUGUCCUCGGGUUCAGCCAAUAGGAUACCGUUACUUUCUGCAAAAUUUAUAUUUGAUGACCACAUUAGAUGUUUGGCAGCUAAACAGAGGUUAACCAAAGGUCGCAUCAAAGCUCGACAGAAGAAAAUGUACAUGAUUGCACGCCUACUUGAUCUUCCUAGCAAUGUGCAACCAUGUCCUUCUCCCCCAACUGCUUUAUUGGGCCAUCGUGGAGCUGAAGGGCACAGAUCUGGAAAUCCUCGACCUCUAAGAGAUUCAGGCCAUGGCCACCAUAGGCCUUUGUUUACAAAUGUCAGCAAAGUACCUGGUUUUGCCACUGUGCGGAGGGAGAGUCUGCCGUCUUCCCCACGAUCAGCCUCUCCGGCGAAACGUAAUUCUGAUAUGCCAGAGAGGCCCUCUCGAUCUGCGGGACCUAGCAAUCACGGUGCUGUACGUUCAAGAGAAGGCUCUCCACGACUGCCACGGCCACGAAGUGAAGAAAUCCCAUUAGAGGAUAUGGGUUCUAAAAACAAGAACCGUGCCAGCAAUGGGUGCCCAUCACAGACAACUGGAGCUGGCGGGUUGGUGGAAAGUAGUCCCAAGAGUUUGCAGCGUUCAGCCUUCCCUAAUUUGUAUCCAUCGGUAGAGCGCCCUGUGUUUCCUGGGUUAUUUCCAACUUUAGUUGCUACUACAAUUCCUCCACCGCCUUGCAAACAUAUUCCGUGCUCUGAACAUCAGACAUUGCCAGAUCAAGAACCCCAUUCAUCAGGUGAGGAGACUGCCCCUCCUCCAGUUUUGGCUCCUCCAGUAUUGCGAUCAGAAGAAACCUCAUUUACUCAGCUUCCUAAUGUAACAGGUCAAACUCAUGAAGAGAAGAGAGCUCGCAGAAAAGGCAUGGUUGAAACAGUGUGAAAGGAUUUGUGUGUGUUGCUGGUGGUUGUUAAUUGUUGAUUGUUGAAUAUACUGCAUAUUUAAACAAAAGUGGUACUUGGAAAACAACAUAUCAAGAACUGCCACCUUUCUGUUGCUUACACCAUCUUCAAUAAUUAUUAACAUGAAAAGCUGUUAUGUUUGGUCUUAUGGAUAUUUUAUUGCAGGGCAUCUAAUUUUUUAAAUAUAUAGGAUUUAAAAUAUUCAUAACUCCGUCCAGGUAAUAUUUUCAAAUAAUUUCUGUAUGCUUUAUAAAUCAUUUACGAUGGUAAGCUUAAUCACCAAUUGGCUUUGAUUAGUAUUGUGACCCCAGAAUUUCUAACGAAAAAUUGUAACCCACAAAAUUAAUAGCUUCAUUACAGAAAAUGGUAUAUUAAAUAAUUGUAACAUUUUAUCAUUGACUUUACAAUUUGCUUUGCUGGAUUAGAUGUUGGAACUUGUCACCAACCAUGAAUACAUCAUGAUGAAGACAAAAUUAAGCUGUUUUACAGUAUAGUAAAAUUGUUGAUAGUGGUGAGAACAACUUCAGGGAAGCAUUUGUGAUUAAAAUCUGUGGUAAUUUUAAUUUCAAAUUAUAGAUUGAAAGAAAAUGAUACUUUAUCAUGAAAAUGUAGGGUAUUCUGGUGCUUUGGAUUGUUGUUGUAAAAUAGUGUGUAAAAUCUGAGAAAAUUUUUAUUAAUGCCAUGUACCUAAAUUUGAGGUCAUUACAUUCUUGUUGGCAAUGAUGUACAUAAGUAAAGCUACCAAGCAUUUGUAUGCAUUGUUUUUUGUGCAUGGUAAUGUGUGACAACUGGUAGUUAAUGUUUUAUUGUUAUGCUUUUUGGAAAAUGACUUUCUAGUUUAAUUUGAAAGCAUUGAAGCCCAGUUGUGAUAUUUUAAUUUUGGAAUGUAAUCUUUGGUUACUCUGCUUUAGCAAAUAUUCAUUCCAUUGAAAGUGAUAAGUGUGAAUAGGAAGCAAAUGAUGUAAAAUUAGUAAGAAUGUAUGUUUGAUUGAUUGCUUGUUUGUUAGUUUGUUUGUUUGUAAGUAUGGAUGUACAAAUUUGAUUUAUUUGUUCUGAUUUUUAAAAUUUUCCAUCAACUGUACACUUUAAUUUGUCAUGUAAUAUGUAAAUAACACUGUAUUUAUUGUCAUGAUGGAAAUGAGGCAAAUACACAGUGAUACUGAUGGUGUGUUUCUUUCAGAAGUUAAUUUAAUAAAGUGCCAAAUUUUACGGUUAAUUGCUUGUAAUUUCAUAUUAGCAAUUUCCAUAUUGCUCUUGUUUCACAAUGUUGUGCAAUUAAGAUAAUUUGGGUAAACAAAUAUUAGUUGGGAGAAACUUUUUUACAUGGACCCUUUAUUUCAUUCUGACUUUUGCACUUGUUUUUUUUUUGCUGUGUUUUGCCCUUUAGUACAAGAAAGUUAAGGAAAGUUUUAGGUUAUGUUUUCCCAUUAUAAGUUUUCAAAGAACAGAAAGAAUGUGAAGAUAAAUUUUACUUCUGAAACCUAAGUGCCUAAAUGCACCAGACUUUAGUGGGUAGAGAUGAGGCUAGGAAUUGACUAAAUGACACAUGGUAUUCAUUAAUGCAAUGUAAAAGAUAUUUCCACUUCUUAUACUACUACUUUGUUUUCCUUUAGUGUCAUUUUUAUUCCAAAGAUUAUUUCACAAUUCAUUCUCUUGAGUCAUGGAACAAAGGGGGAAACAAAGGAAAAAAGUAUUUAACAUGUAGUGACUACAUCAUGUUGAUCUUCAAGUUCAGCCAUUCCUUUGUGCUCUGAAUUUAAUUUCUUUAAAAAUUUACUGUUGGGUGUAACUUUGGACAAAAUUCCUCUUCGAU